ACACCACUUACUUCCGGGAGGAGCGCGCGAGGGAGACAGCCGGUGUUCGCGUUCGAGAGGGGAGAGGAUAGCCACGUUCUGUGUUAAACCGGAUAGGUUGGGAGAUCUAAGACGGAAAGGUGAAAAUGGCCACUGCAUUGAAGCUCCUAUUGGUUGUGGUGGCAUACACUGGACUCUGCUGGGCCCAGGCUCCAGGAGAUGAGGAUGCACGAUGUACAACUGAUCACUCAAACCCCCCACAAUACCCUGAGAAUGUGAGGAAUCUGAUGGACAGUUACAGUUAUGAGAACCUCUUACCUGGAAAUGGAACUGGGAACUCUCCCAUAGCUACUGCAGUCUGGAACGACUUCAGUUUUGAUGGAAAUGAUGUCACUCCUGAAACACUGAACCCAUUUUAUUGGCAGCAAGGAGCUGGAGGAAUAUGUCGAUUUCAGACACGAGUUUGUGGAUGGAGAAGAGAAGGAGCCACUCAGAAUAACUGGCUCUUUACUCAACACAUCAGUUCAGAUUUUGACUCAAACAUUUACAACUAUGAUGUGACCAUACAUGUGGAGGCAACAUAUGCAGUACAGAGCUGUAGAGAAAGGCAAGGUUGUAUACCAAGAUUCAAUCUUCUCCACUACAUGACCAACUCACAACAGCUCCCCAGUACCAGUGGAAAUGGAUAUAUGAAUACUCAAAAUUAUGAAAAUUUUGCAGUACCAGAAGGACCAACUUCCUUACUGACUUACACCAAUACUUACAAUUUCACUCUGCCACCAUCUUCCACUGGUUUCUACAUAGCUGUCCAGGACAUUGGGUCAUGUAUAGCUCUAUCAAGACUGAGAAUCUAUCGUGAAAAUUGCAAGUCAUUUCAGACUGGACUGGUCCUCUAUCCUGAUGCUCCUGCUCUGGUGUCUGGUGAGGCUUCAGUAAGUUUCUCAUGUGUGCCAAAUGGAGGAGUCAUGGGUGAUGAAGACACAGUGAACUGCCGUAGUGACGGGACAUGGGUUCCAGGAUCACCAAUGUGUGGGUGCAGACCUGGGUACGAGAUCAACCAGGCUAAGGAUGGAUGUCAAAUUUGCCCGGAAAGGCAAUACCAGCCAUUCCUCAGUGACACUAACGAAUGCAAGCCAUGUCCUCCUCAGAGCUCCACACGUGACGAGGGAACUGCAGUGUGUCCGUGUGAUGCCAACUUCAUCCGUCAUCCUGACAGACCUGAUGACCCAUGUGUCCGCUCUCCCACUGCCCCACUACUGGACCUGACGAAGCCACCACAGCUGGAGGGAAACAAGAUCACGGCCAUCUGGACACCUCCCACUGACUCAGGAGGAGAUCCUGAUAACCUCUACUUUGACGUGUACGCUGCCCAACUGAAAGAGGGACAGAACCCAACUUUUUGUCGACAGAACGAGGAACAGAUUGAUAAAAGUUGCAAUGCAGAGAGUUCAGAGUGCAGGUAUGAAAUCACCAGCCUCAAACCGAAUAGUCCGUACGCCAUUUUGGUCGUGUCAGGAAACUCGGCUACCAAUGAUCCAGAAUGUGUCUCCAAUAUCACGGUGCUGGGCUCUCGCUACCUGGUGAUGGUGGUAGGGACUGAAGAUGCCAUUGAUGAGUCAGGUCUAUCAGCCGGAGAAGCAGCUGGGUUAACCUUCAUAGUGACUCUCGUUGUCACGGCUGCCGCCACGGCAACAAUCGUCAUUCUCAUCGUCGUCUUCUGCUUCAGACGACGUGGUUCUUACUCCAGCACUGCCACACACAGCAGGAACACUAACACACCCACCACUACCAAGACCACAGUCGACAUGUAUAGUCUGGACCAAAAGCCACCACAACUCGGAAACUCUUCGAUGGAUUCGAAACCGUCGCCAGCCAAGAAGCCCGGGCGUCCGCUGGCUCCUCCUCCCAAGCCACCUGUCCCGACACGCCCGACCCCGCCCACUUACAAUGGAUACUGAUCAACGCACACUCACUCAUGACUAUAAUGUAUAAUUGUGAAUACUGUAUGCUACUGAUCUCUUACUAUUUUUCAAAUUCUUU